UUCAGGUGAAAGACCCUCAGACUCCUGCAGCAGCAGAGACAGAGACCAGCCCUCUACCUCAGAUGUUCCACAUGGAAUCAAAGCCAGAUGAGACUAACGUACAGGUGAAAGACCCUCAGACUCCUGCAGCAGCAGAGACAGAGACCAGCCCUCUACCUCAGAUGUUCCACAUGGAAUCAAAGCCGGAUGAGACUAACGCACAGGUGAAAGACCCUCAGACUCCUGCAGCAGCAGAGACAGAGACCAGCCCUCUACCUCAGAUGUUCCACAUGGAAUCAAAGCCGGAUGAGACUAACGCACAGGUAAAAUGA